GGUUUGUUGCUUUUUUUCUCAAUGAAAGAUGAACUGUCAAAUGCAGCGCUGUCCAAACAUUUAAAUCUGUUGUUGCCGUCCAAUUUCAUCGUCGCAUCAAUAGUUUAUUAUCGGUUAAAUAGUGAAAAAAGUUGAAAAUUUUAGAAUAUUUUCGAACAUUUGACGGAAAGCGCGUGAGAAAAUGAAGGUGGCAAUUGAAGGAUGCGCUCAUGGCGAAUUGGAAAAGAUUUAUGACACAAUUGCGUUGAUCGAACAACAGCAGAAUAUCAAAGUGGAUUUGCUGUUGUGUUGCGGUGAUUUUCAAGCCACACGAAAUCUCAAUGAUCUCGAGUGCAUGGCUGUGCCGAAGAAAUUCCGCGAUAUCUGUACAUUUUAUAAAUACUACAGUGGUGAAAAAGUGGCUCCAAUCCUAACGAUAUUCAUCGGUGGCAAUCAUGAGGCAUCAAAUUACUUGCAAGAAUUACCGUACGGUGGUUGGGUAGCGCCAAACAUUUACUACUUGGGCUAUGCAAGUGUUGUCACAUACAAAGGUGUUCGAAUCGGUGGUUUGUCGGGCAUUUACAAGGGAUUCGAUUAUUUUAAGGGUCAUUUCGAGAAGCCACCGUAUGACAACGAUGCUAUGCGUUCCGUGUAUCACUAUCGGCAACAGGAGACAUUUCGAUUGCAGCAAUUAUCGCAGCCGAUUGACAUUAUGAUGUCACAUGAUUGGCCCACCGACGUCUACAACUACGGGAAUGCCGGUCAAUUGAUCAAAUUUAAGCCACAUUUCCGUGAUGAGAUCCACGAUAAUAAACUCGGUAGUCCGCCGCUGUUUGAAUUGUUAAAGAAACUUCAGCCCAAGUAUUGGUUCUCAGGUCAUUUGCACUGUAAAUUCGCUGCGGUCAUUCCGCACGAUGAUGGCAAAGAAACGAAAUUUCUAGCACUAGAUAAAUGUCUGCCAAAUCGGCGAUUCUUGCAAAUUAUCGACAUUGAUGGCCCCGAACCAGAUUCACAGGGACUUCACUAUGAUCUGGAGUGGUUGACAAUUUUGUAUACAACGAAGCAUUUAAUGCACGUUAAACCGUUGUCGAAUUACAUGCCUGGACCGGGGAAUGAAACGUGUCGUUGGGAUUUUCGGCCAACCGAAGAUGAGAAAAACUUGGUACUUAAACGAUUCAGUGGCAAUUUGGAAGUGCCGAAAAAUUUCGAGCGAACAGCACCACCGUAUAAUCCAAAUAAUCGACCGCCAAUGACACAACAACCGAAACCAGUGAAAAAUCCACAAACCGUUGACUUUUGCAAUAUACUCGAAAUUGAUGACCCACUGAAUUUGGUGGUCAUUUUGGCCGGCGGUGAAAUCAAUCAUUCCGAAUAUCGGGAUGUGAUCAAUGCAUCGAUGUCUGAUACCAGUUUGCUGAAUGACAGCGAUCGAGUUGAGGAUCUGUCGGAAAAUAAUACACUCAACAUUUCCAACGCUUCAUCCGGUGGCAUUUCGAAUUUAACACUGCUCAAUCAAAGACUGUCACUGUUCGAUUCAUUGCCAGCACCGAAAAAUACACUCAACGAAUCAUUGAACCCGGAAGAGGCCGAUAUUGACCUGAGUGAUGAUGAAGAUGCACCCAUCGAUGAUGAUGAUGAUGAUGAUGAUGAUAACUUGAAAACGAAGAUUGACGGCAAUAUCGAUCAAGAAAUUAAAAUUGGUGAAGAUCGAUUGCCAACAUUGAAUGAACUCUCUGCAGAAGAUGUUAAAUUGGAUGAAAUCCCCACGGUAGAAACCGAAUUACCAGACUCAACUGAAACACCAGAAUCAACUGAAUUUUCUUCGGCUGCAGAAAAACGCCAAAAUCACGACACCAAUCAAACCGAAUCAACACCUCCGACCAUCAAAAAAAUUAAACGACGAAAUGCCGCAAUAUACGCCGAAACAGAUGAUUAAUAACAACAAUUUAUUGAAUCAACCAUUGAAUGAAAUUAGCUAAAUAAACGAUUUUUUUUACUUAAGAAUAGUUAAGCUUGAUUUUAUAGAAAAAAAGAUCCAACAUUUUUAUUAGCAAUGUGUUUUUUUUUUCGAAACAAAUACAAAACAUAAGGCAGUCAAACAGAAAAUAACACGAGAAAAUGGUA